UUUAUAUUCUUCGCUGCUUUUUCUUCUGUCUUGACCGCUCCUUCCGAUCUCUGAUUCCUCGAUUCUUCCUCUUACUCUCUCUUUCUCUUCGCCGAAUCGUCGCCGCCUCCGCCCAAUCCCUAAGAUUCAAAGACGGUUGAGCUAAAUUAAGGAGAAGAUGGCUACAACGACGACGACGAGCGGUGUGUAUAUCCACGUCAUCGAGGACGUCGUCAGCAAAGUCCGCGAGGAGUUCGUUAACAACGGAGGUCCCGGCGAGAGUGUUCUCUCCGAGCUUCAAGGAAUUUGGGAGACGAAGAUGAUGCAAGCUGGAGUCUUGUCUGGACCAAUUGAUAGGUCGUCGGCGGCUCAGAGGUCGACACCUGGAGGUCCGCUGACGCAUGAUCUGAAUGUUCCUUAUGAAGGUACUGAGGAGUACGAGACUCCUACUGCUGAAAUGCUCUUCCCUCCGACACCGUUGCAGACUCCUCUUCCAACGCCGCUUCCGGGGACGGCUGAUAAUUCAUCAAUGUAUAACAUCCCUACUGGGUCUAGUGAUUAUCCAACUCCUGGAAGUGAGAAUGGAAUCCAUGCUGAUGUCAAAGCAAGACCCAGUCCUUAUAUGCAACCUCCUUCUCCAUGGACAAAUCCAAGGCCUGAUGUCAAUGUUGCUUAUGUGGAUGGCCGUGAUGAGCCUGAGAGAGGGAACUCUAGUCAGCAGUUCACGCAGGAUCUAUUCGUGCCACCUUCGGGGAAACGAAAGCGUGAUGAUUCUUCUACACAAUAUCAAAAUGGUCGGUCUAUUCCACAGCAGGAUGGUGCAAGCGAUGAUAUGCCUCAGGUAAGCCUAGAGGGUGAUACAUUUUGCAUAACCUUUGUUGGCGAAAGAAAGGUUCCACGAGAUCUCCUCUGCUCAUCUUCAAAGAUUCCUCAAGCUGAUGGGCCAAUGCCUGACCCUUACGAUGAAAUUUUGUCGACACCAAAUAUAUACAGCUAUCAAGGACCCAAUGAAAACUUAAACGAAGGCAGAACACCUGCUCCAAACGAGAUCCAAGCCAGCACUCCUGUUGCUGUACAAAACGAUAUCAUCGAAGACGAUGAAGAGCUGUUGAAUGAAGAUGAUGAUGACGACGAGUUGGAUGACUUGGAAAGCGGUGAGGAUAUGAAUACACAGCAUCUGGUUUUGGCUCAGUUUGACAAGGUGACUCGGACAAAGAGCAGGUGGAAGUGCAAUCUGAAAGACGGGAUCAUGCAUAUAAACGAUAAGGACAUUCUGUUCAACAAAGCAGCAGGCGAGUUUGACUUCUGAUCUUUGACAAUAGCAAUGCUUAUGGAGAAGCUACUCCUUCAAUGUCCAGUGUCUUUCUUUUUUUCCUCAUGAAUUUAGACCAAACUUCUGUGAGAAAGACGUGAUUAUUUAUGGGAAAGUGCUGCACCUGGUUUGGCUUGUUGUAAAAAAAAAAGAUUUUUUCCGGUUCACACGAUGGGAAAUUAACAUUGCCAAAAGCAUCUUAAGAUGUGUUUAUUUUUAAA